UUAUUCUAGGGAACAUGUGUCACAUGGGUCAGUGGUCAGUGCUGCUCCUGCUCAGUCUCACGUCUAUUGUCCAUUCCCAAAGCUGCAAAUGGCUUCACCCCCAGCAAGAAUAUCUCAACUCACAGAUCCUGAAGGCUUUCAAUCAAACAACCCCUUUAAGAGGAAAUGAUGAGACCUGUGAAGAGCAUCCUGGUGACCUUCCUAAUAUAGAGAGUAUCUACAAUGUCUCCCAGGUAGAAGCUGCGGCUCUCGCUGUUAGAGAAGUUCUGAACGAAACCAUCAGGUUCUACAGGAAACACCAUGAGAGUAUGGGGUGCAAGCAGCAAGCCUGGGAAAGGUUUCAGCAGCUUCUCUACUAUCAGAUUCACCAGCUGGAGGGCUGUGUCUCAGAGACAGCAGAGAAUCAUCUGAUAAAAGAAUUGGCAUCGGAACAGUUUAAUCUGCUGGAGAAGAUAGUCCUGGAGAAGGACAAUUCCGCUUGUGUUUUGGAUUUUAUAUGUUCGGAAAUCAGAAGGAAUCUACAACUGGUUCUGCAACUCUCCUCUCGCUUGAGAAGGCAGCACUUGUUACAGAGGACUCAGUAGGACACCAACCUUAUGGAACCAUUAGAUCUUCUUCACUGAUGUCUUUAACAUGGAGACUUCACUAGACGACCUUUAUACCUUCAUAUACUAUGAAAACAAUUUAUUUAUAUUAUGCCUGUUAUUAAUUUAUGUAACUGCCAUUGGCUCAGUAUUUACAUAUUUAUAUUUUUAAAAUAAAAA